AUGGGUCUUGGGGGACCGGAAGGAGGGCCCUGGAUGCUUGCUGCGGGCCAUUUGUCUGAAGCAGGGCACGGUAACACCUCCUUGCAUUCUGAUGUGCGCCCUGCUGGCUGCACUCAGACUGUUUCCCAGGAUUCUUCUCGUGGUUCCCUUGAUGUGAGCUUUGACGGUGGCACUCCCACAAGUUGCCAAAAAUCGGAUUUUGAAAACCUUAAAGCUGCGGUUCUGGCUGGGGAUGCUCCGUCCAUCUUGAGCUUAGUCGAGUCUUUUGAGCAGCAAGGCCUCAUCACCGAAGGCACUUUUCAUUGGAAGGUUGUGGAGCUUGCUGUGGAAACACAGGAGGACGUGCCUCCUCAUGUGGCCGGCUGGGCAAUUGACGAUGCCCUGGCAAACCUUAAGGAACCGAAAUAUCGGGAUGACUUGUGCAUUGUCUCGGCUAAUGUCUCGUCUUGGAGGAAGGACCUGUGCCCCUGGGUUGCGCAGCUCGGUGCCUCGGUCGUUAUGUUACAAGAGACGCAUCUGUCCCCGGAUCAGCCCGAUUUGAUUGAAGGCCAAUUGGGGGUUUAUGGUUUCAAUGUCUUUAGUGUGCCGGGGCAGCCCACGGGCCGGGGCGGUACAUCAGGCGGAAUGGCAAUUUGCUUUCGCAAGCACUUGAAUGUCCGGCGGGUGCAUCAGUUUUUCAAGGCCGGGGCUGGGUUUCAGGUUGCUGCUAUUCGAUUGCGGGACACUGAUUGCUAUCUAGUUAACCUUUAUUUGAAGGCUGGUGAAGGCUUUCAGAGUGCCACCAAUUCGCAAAUUUUGGCUAAUCUGCUCGCUUUUCUUACGUCGGCCCGGGGCAUUUACUUUGCUGCAGGCGACUUGAAUGAGGAUUUUGAGACCAUAGCAGCCAGCAGUUUUGCUCAGGAAGCCAAGGGCCAUUGGAUCAGCAGUGGAGAGUCCACGUGUGCAGGGGGAGGCAAUAUUGACUUUGGCCUUCUUUCCCCCAUCUUGGCUGCGGGUGCUAAGUUGGUUGUCGAUUGGGACACUCCUUUUGCUCCACAUGCGGCCUUGCAUUGGACACUGCAGCUUGAGCAUUUUGACUUUAAGCUGCCGCAGUUGAUUGCUUUUAAGCCUGCACCGUUACAGCCUCAGCCCUUUCUCUCGAGUGUUGUCGCUGACCCUCGUGGUGAGCAGGUAGCCGUCCAAUCCCAGGAGGAGUUGCAUCUGCUUGGGACUGAGGCCGAGGUGCCAAAGUCCAGGUCUGCAGGAGGCCCCUUGUUGUCCCCAUUGCUCCUGCUUCUGGUUGGGGUCGGCCUCACUCCGCUUUGGCAGCAUGUGGGCCGGUGGAGGCAUUGGUUUGAACUGUGGUCGCAUCCAGCUGGGGUCGAUCGUGAUCUGCUGGCCUCCUUGAAGCAUGCUGCGCAGGAGCAAGCCCGGUUGUUGCAUCCGAUCGACUUGGAGCGGGCUGUAGGGUUUUUCAAGAAGGUUCCCACCAAAGCGCCCGGCUUGGAUGGCUGGACUUGUGAGAUGCUUCGUAACCUCAGUGUUGAAGCUGUGCAGGCAAUUCUUGAAUUCUUCCAUCAUUGUGAGCGCGAGGCUUCUUGGCCGGACCAAAUGGUGUUUGCACUUAUAGCCUUGUUGCCUAAGUCCGAAAAACGUGAGCGCCCCAUUGCAUUGUUGCAUAUCCUUUACCGUGCUUGGGCCAAGCUGCGGUGGCCUUUGGUUGCCACGUGGCAGGCUGCUUAUGCUGCUCGUGCCACUUGGGACAAGGCUGUCCCGGGUGGCCAGGCGCUUGACGUAGCACUGGCAAGGCUGAUGCUGGGAGAGUCGGUGCGGAGGUGCAAAUCCCACCUUAUAACAUUGUUCCUAGACAUGGAGACAUUCUACGAUAGGUGUGUUUUUGAUGACGUCAUUCGCUCGGGACUUUCUUUGGGCUACCCUCCUUUAGUUUUACAUCAGGCCUUGCUUACUUACAUGGGGCCUCGCUUUAUCCAGUCGGAAGGUGCAUUGUGCCCUCCCAUUUGGCCGGGGAGGGGAGUUCUGGCUGGAUGUCCAGCGGCGCCGUCGGUAUCAAAACUCGUCAUCCACCCAGUUGCUGAAAAGCUGGCUUCAAAGAAAAGUGCAUGCAACCUUGACAUUUGGAUUGAUGACCUGUCGCUUGAUUCGGUUAAUAAGUCUCCGGUGCAGGUUGCCAGUGAUUCCCUUCUGCUGUUCAGGGCUCUCCGACGGGAUUUGGAAGCUAGGGGAGCUCAGAUCUCAAUUUCAAAAACAUGCUUUGUGGCAUCGUCGACGGAGGCGGCCAAGGCCAUGAGCAAAAUUCUUGAUGCCAAUGAUCCUCAGGUCAAAUCGAUGACUCGGGACCUUGGUGUGACUUCAGCCGGUGGUCGCCGUCGUGUUUUGGGGCUUGCGGAACAGCGCAGGAAAAAGGCGGCCGGCAGGUCGCGGAAACUCAACCGUCUGGCCAUCCCGGGGAGGGCGCACCGUUUGCGCAUCGUGAAAGCAUCUGUGUGCUCGGCUGGCCUCUGGGGCCAUCAGGCGCAGGGCACAAGCUUGGAUCGCUUGAUCUCACCUUUGUUGUCAACCGACGGCGAUGCGAGGCGCCGCAAGCUCAUCAUUGGCAGCGCGGAGACAGUGGCCCAGGGGCCCGGGACCUUCGUUCUGCUUGUGUGGCUUGGGCCAUUGGGGCCUAUGAGAUCACAGAGGAUGGGGCCCGCCGUGUUGCGAGCAUCACCUCUUUUCCACAGCGGUACCUUCGACUUGACGGUUGACUGCAAAGCUGUUACCCCUUGCGCUUCGACUGGUGCUGCCAAGGCCACCAAACCUCUCAACAAGAAGCAGAGAAUGUUGGCGAGGCUUUCAGGCGACGAGGAUUCACUGGGUCACCAGUGGGUCAAGGGAGCCGAGGGCUCCACCAACAUGACCAUGAAGUGUGCAAUUUGUGGAUUGUACUUGCAGCAAAUCAACGAUCUGCCCAGCUUCGAUCGCCUUAUGCGACCCUUUGCAGCAAUGGAAUAUUCACAGCUCGCAUGA